AUGUAUAACAUAAAUGAGUCAGACGAGUUUCCUCAAGAUUCUUCGUAUUCCGUUCAACGAGCUAGACAAUUCUACGAAAACAUGAACAAUACGAAUCAAGGCUACGACCAAAGCAUGUCCGUGCCAUCACGACGACGAACAGCUCCAGCUCGAACUUAUUCCCCAAGGACUGACAUCCAAUUCUCGGAUCUCGCUUUGUCCGAAAGGCCUUCAGGUAAUUAGAUUUUUGUAAUGUUAUCUAUAGUUUUAGUUCUCAAUCAUUCGCAUGAAGUGGAGAUGUAUAACGCGAGUCGCAUCCCUCUAUCAUAUAACUUGAGAAAGAACAUACCACCUGAAUAUAGCAACUCUCAUAUGGUUGCUCAGUAUUACCCAGGGUCUCCCAAUGGCUAUCAACAGCAAGGAUACCGAAUUCCCAGGGCGAGCAGUCCAAGGAAUGAUUAUAUGUACACUAACCCACUACCACCUCACGAACUAUCGACUACAAGUUCAGGUAAGGAUGAAUUUUUUUAGAAUGUUAAAUAUAAAGUUUUAUUUAAAAAAUCUAAUUUUAUACCGAAACUUUAGUCUUUUUUACGUACAAACCUUGAAAAAAUUGUAAUACAUAUAAGGAAAACUAACAUUCUAUUUGAAAGACGUUUUAUAUUGUCUUAAAUACAAAUGCCUUUACCGUUUGGGAUUAAAUGAGGUUUCUAUGGAAAUAUUGUUUUCGGCGUAAAUAAUUAACGGAAAACUAUAUUUAGAAGUGCCACAACAACAAUAUGAUAGGACAAUGAUUGGAGCCACAUCAGGAACCGUCGUUGCUAUACUUGAAACAGAUAUAUUAGACAGUUCUACGGACGAAGACGAUGUCAUAAAGGAAUGUGAGAACGAGACUGUAGACAACGACAUUGAAUGUAGGUUUGAAAUGUUAUAAAAGGGAUAUGUUUACUAAGUUUGUAUUGAUGAGCUACGUAGGUAGGAAAAGAUAGGUUUGAAACAGCUAAUUUGGCUUUUGUCAACACUAGGAAGCUACAAAAAUGACAUUAACGUAAUAAGAUGUCUACUGCUUUGUUGUUUAAAGUACAAAAAGAUUAAUUUGGAGGCAUUUUAUGCGCUUGUUUGUCUUCCAGAACAAGCGGCAUCUUUGCACGCAGUAACAGUCUAUUUACAUUCGAAAAAGAGUCGAAUUACAUCCAUAUACUGGACGAAAUCUUUCUAAUGUGGAGUUACCUAAGAGCAAGAUUAAUUUUCUAUGGAGUUGUGUUUUGCUCUUUCGAUGUUAUGUUAGAAUUCGAGCAAUCUGGGACAAUACAUUCCUUCCUCGACUUGCUAAACCUAUUCACAAUAGGCUAAUUUCGUAUUCGCACAGCUGGUUUGGGUGCCGUUUUCUCCAAAUUCGUCGACUUUUGGCGGCUAUUUCGGUUGUUUUUUAAUAAAAUUGUAAGAUAACAUUGGGUUAUGACGACGUUACAACGUUCCAAGUCUGUCAAAACAAACACCGUGGUUCGGAAUCCACGACGACGUGUUUCAAUCUACACAUCAGCACCUCGCAAAAGCUCGCUAAUAGAUUCGACGUCGAGUGGAGUGAGGUCAUGCCUGAGGAAGCUGAGUGGCCAGCUGAAUAAGAACGUGCUGGUCAAGGAGGUGAAAGGGCUGUUCGACGAUUCAGGUAAGCACUUCGUGGGAGAAUGA